UCUACGGAAUCGGAGUUCCGUAUCAGAAGUCACCCGUAAACCACAUUACUAACCAACUGUACGAAAAUGGUCCUCCUGGGUGGUGUUGUGUUGGGAGUAUUACUAACGAUUGCAUUAGCGAAUCCGGAUCCCGGUUGUACCAAUUCUUUGACGACCGCUAGCGGCACGAGAGCUAAACCCGGACCGUACUGUUCGUGGGAUCUUAUCUUUGAGGACAAUUUUAAUUCGCUUGACUUUGAGACCUGGGAGCACGAGAACACUCUCAGCGGUGGAGGUAACUGGGAGUUCCAGUGGUAUCAAAAUAAUCGAUCGAACUCGUACUGCGAAAAUGGAAUCUUCUACAUACGGCCUACGCUUCUCGCUGAUGAUACGGGUGAGGCGUUUCUGAGCAGUGGUACCCUGAACAUACAUGGUUCCGAGCCAGCGAACCAGUGCACCAGUGCUAUGAAUUUUGGAUGUGAACGUACCGGCACGGCGACUAACCUGAUCAACCCCAUCAAGAGUGCCCGCGUACGCACGGUGAACUCGUUCAGCUUCAGGUAUGGAACGAUGGAGGUGCGUGCCCGCAUGCCUACCGGCGACUGGCUCUGGCCUGCCGUUUGGCUGCUGCCCAAGCGCCAAGUGUACGGAACGUGGCCCGCUUCCGGUGAGAUCGAUCUGCUGGAGUCUCGCGGCAAUAUGGACUACCGUGGCUCGAACGGUGUUCACAUCGGUACGGAACAGUUCGGAUCAACGCUGCACUUCGGACCGAACCCCUCGCUGAACGGAUGGGAGACGACCGUCGCGUACAAGAACACUGCCGCCGGACAGGGUUGGAACACGGGAUUCCACAACUAUCAGCUCACCUGGACGCCCGAUUACAUUCGAUUCUCGGUUGACAACCAGCUCGUCACGCAGAUCGACGCCGGCACCGGGUUCUGGAACCGUGGCAACUUUGGCAACAUUGCACCGGGAACAGAGAACCCUUGGAUUCACGGAACGCGUAUGGCUCCGUUCGAUCAGGAGUUCUACAUCAUCAUGAAUCUGGCCGUGGGUGGCACGAACGGAUACUUCCCGGAUGCUCCACCGGCAAGCAACGGUAACCGUGGUAAGCCGUGGUCGAACACCUCGCCGACUGCUGCCCGUGACUUCUGGAACGGACGUAACUCGUGGCUGCCGACGUGGCGUAUGACCGACAACCGUGGCAAGGACUCUUCGCUACAGAUUGACUACGUGCGCGUGUGGGCUCUCUAGUAAGAGCAUACAUAUUUUUAAAAUACUAACUAUUGUUUAUUGAAUUAAUAAAGUAUCCCCUUUACACCCCUUUA